AUGGCAUACGUACGAGAGCAUACGAGCAUUCCUAUUCCCGACGUAUAUACCUUCGACUCGGAUAUGAGGAACAAUGCUCUGGGUCUGGAGUGGAUAUUCAUGGAAAAAGCCUCCGGCAAACAAUGGAGAGCAGCCCGCCAGCACCUUAAGCCCGCCAAAGCGCGAGGGGUCCUCAAACAGCUUGCUGGCUGGGCCGGACACGACGAUUCCGUUUUCAUGGGUCCGUAUGACAGCACUGGAGACUACGCGUCCGCGUUGCUGACGGCCCAAAUGAGGGAUCUGUCCAAUCCAACUCUAGCGAAUGCUUCGCAGCCGAACGUCGGCACAGCGGCUACAAAAACUACAGCAAAGGUGGACGACGAGAAGCGUCAGCGAUACGAGGGCGAGUACGAGCUCAAAGAGCGCGGGAAGAUGGUUGUGAGAGAGAUCACCAGGCAAGAAAAGACGCCAGGAAACGACUUGAAUAAGAGGUUCUUGGAGCUAGACAUGCUAGUCUCUGAUCACACUGAGGUGGAAUACCUUGCCCGUGAAGUCCGAGACUUCGUCAAAGCGGAAACGGAAAUCUAUGGUGCUGAGCCCGAGGAGAACUUGACUUGGGAAGAGUAUCAACAGGCCUCAAAGGAGGAAGAAGAAACCGAAUCGCGAAACGAUCAUACAAUCAACGAGAAUGUGGAUAACGCAAUCCAAAUCGGCCUCGAGAUCUUCCGCCUCAUUCCGCAUGUGUUCAGGAACGAGAGGCUGGGACCAGAUUCCACCUACCUUCAUCACUGGGACAUCAAUGACGAGAACUUACUCGUGGACAGGCAUGGAAGUGUCACGGCUCUCCUAGAUUGGGAACAACUCACAACCCUACCUUUUGCGCACAAAAGGGAACGCUUCCAGCUGCCUAGUCUCAUCUCGCGUUCGCCUGGUGAAGUCGACGCUAGAACCGAGAGAACGUAUGCACUGCUCUUCAAUAACGAAAUGCGGAAGCUGGAUCCAGAGUGGAGGAGGGAAACGCAAGUUCUUGUUGAUAAGCAGGUAGAUGCUCGGUUGAAUGAUCAGCAGGAACUCGUUCUCAUGAUCAUCAGCCGUCACCACGUGAGGGAGCCCGAUGCAGCGAUAUCGACAAAGGCCAAGCUCGAGAAGAUGCCGAAAUAUGGAAAACCGGCGCCGAUCUUCUGA